ACAUGAUUACCAAGAAUAUAAAAAAAUCAGGUCAAUGCGAUCCAUGGAAAAUACUUUGUUGAUGGAUUAAAUAGAGUUACCUUUAAAAAGUUUUUCAGCAUUCCAUGAAGCUGAAGAGCAUGCUACAAACAUGGGCUUUGUCCUGUAUUGUUUUAGUCAAGCUUCAAAAUGUCCUUAGGGAAUCAAGUGAUUGAAUUGAAGAUGAGUUGUUUACGCCAGAGCUAGGCCUGUUCUACUGCGUGUGAUCUAUUCAACUGGCGACGAGGAUAACCAGAAAUCUGUGAAAAUUACGAUGUCUACGUUUGGGAAUUUGGAACCAUUCGAAGGAGGAGAAUUUUUAACGUACAAGGAGAGAUUGGAAGCAUUUUUUGUAGCGAAUAAUAUUGGUAUAGUGCCUGACGAUGCGACCGAUGCGGUCGUGCAAGCUGCAGAACGAAGGAAAGUUGCUGUUACAAUUUCACUGAUUGGAAAGAAAACGUAUGCUACAUUGAAAGAUUUAUGUUUACUGGAUUCGCCUGCGGGAAAGUCGUACAAUAGAUUAUGUGAUCUACUGUGUAAUUACUUCAAGCCGAAAGUUUCGGAGGUCGUUGUGAAUUCUGGUGUCUGGCCAGCACAACACUAUCACCCUUCGGUGUCAAUUAAUCGGAAACUAUCUUCCUUCGAGCCUCAGCAUUUACUCUACGAUGUUCAAAAGCAACAGCUUCAACCUAUAUGUCAAAGCAAUGCUGCAAGCUUGGGUAAUGUUUUUCAUAUUUCGUUUUCACCAUUACAACAAAGCUCCUUUAAUUUGGCUAUCAAAUGCUUUGUACUGGAAGGAGACAAAUCAUCCACUAUUCCAGGUUCUUCAACAUCACCUACAAAUUGUAGAUGAGUAUGGUGUGGAGAACUUCAAUCCACUUUUGAGAGCCCAGACCAGUGCCCAUAACACCCCCAGAUGACAUCAGAAGGAGGCCAGGGGAAAUACGUACCACAAAAGAUGUCCUGAGACAGUUUAAGUCACAAUUUCUGUCACCUAGGCCUGCAACUUUUAGUCAUAACCAGCUAAGAACACAAAAGGUCAAAGCAGCAAAAUUCAUAGUUUGGCAAUUUAGAAGAAUACAUGCCAAUCCAAACUCAGCGGGAAAAUUACCAAGUGAAAAAGGAACCCAAGAAAAAAUGAUAUUCUAGAAGCUCCCUCCGAUUUUUGGUGAAAUGUCAGUGCAAAUUAAAAUGCUACCUUUCAAGCAAAUGAUAGUGAGUCGGACCCUGAAAGAUACACAUUCACGAGGUCUAUGCCAUGCAGAGAAUGAAUCUGAGAAAUAUUCAGAAGAUAGCGCGACCAUAUUUCCAACAAUUCUCUUAUCAACAUGGCUGGAGAGUGCUGUCCUCAAAACCACACCUCAGUAAAACUAAAGUAGAAAGUGGCAAGAUCCUUGCCUUGCGAAGGGAAGACAUAAAUGUCUGGGAACGACGUGCACCCAUCGCACCCCAACAUAUAAAAUCCCUAAAGGAGCAAGGGAUAAAUACUCUGGUUCAACCAUCUGCAAGAAGGGCAUAUACAAUGCAAGAAUAUGAAAAUGCUGGGGCAAUUAUCACCGAAGAUUUGAGCCCAGCAUCUGUAAUCAUCGGGGUUAAACAGGUUCCAAUCGACUUGCUGAUACCAGACAAAUCGUAUGCAUUUUUCUCGCAUACAAUAAAAGCACAAGAGGCUAAUAUGCCACUGCUUGAUGCUAUGUUGGCAAAGAAUAUUCGUAUUAUUGACUAUGAAAGGAUGGUUGAUGAGAAUGGUCAAAGAGUUGCAGCUUUUGGGAAAUUUGCAGGAUUUGCAGUUAUGAUAAACAUACUUCAUGGAAUUGGACUCCGAUUACUAGCUUUAGGUCACCACACACCAUUCAUGUAUAUCGGAGCAGCACACAAUUGCAAAAACAGCAGGCAGGCAAAGCUGGCAAUCUAUGAACUUGGCGAAGACAUCAAAGCUGGAAAGCUCCCUGCUCAUUUUGGGCCUUUGACAUUUGUUUUCACUGGUUCUGGAAAUGUAUCGCAGGGCGCGCAGGAAAUGUUUAAAGAGCUGCCUCAUGUGUAUGUGGAGCCACACGAAUUGAAACACGCUGCUCAGAAGUACGAUCAUCGCACUUUGGUAUAUACAAAAGUGAGUCGACAAGACUACCUAGUCCCUAAGCUUGGAGGAUCUUUUCAAGCCAGUGAAUUUGAAGCACACCCUGAACGCUAUCGAUCUGUAUUUGCUGAAGAGAUUGCGCCUUACGCCAAUGUGAUCAUCAACGGUGUCUACUGGGCAUCGAAGAACCCCCGUCUUCUCACGUACAAGGAUGCUCUUACGCUGUUAGAGCCAAAAACAGAACAUGACAAAAAUUCUGGGUGUCCUGAUUUGCCACACACACUGUUAGCCAUAUGUGACAUUUCUAAUGAUCUAGGGGGCUCAAUAGAAUUCAUGAAAGAAAACACCACAAUCGAGUGCCCCUUUGCUCUGCACGAUAUUAAAAAGGGAACAAAACAGUUAGGAACGGCUGGCGAUGGCGUUCUUAUUUGCUCCAUUGAAAACCUCCCUGCGCAGUUACCACGGGAAGCAACUGAUUAUUUCGGUCGACUUCUUCUUCCAUGGAUCCCAGAAAUGGUGAACUGCGAUGCUCGCAGACCCCUUUCAAUGGAAUCUGGAAUUUCUAAUGUCGUCAAAAAUGCUAUUAUUUGUUCAAAUGGUGAACUAACUGAGAACUACAAGUACAUAGCAGAUUUGCGAGCAAGGCAUGAGAAUGAAAGGAAGCAAGCAAAGCUUGGCUUCCAAUCUUCUGUAUCAAAGAAAAUUCUUGUUCUUGGUGCAGGAAAAGUUUCGAGUCCUUUUAUUGAGUACCACACAAGACGCCAAUCCACGGGCGUUACAGUUGUCUCUAGGUCUAAAGAUAGGGUUCAGCACCUGGCCAAUCGACACGAGAACACCACCCCAGUCGUGUUAGACAUUGAACGUUCUCAUGAAGGAUUGGAUAAGCUAAUUCAAUCACACGAUGUUGUAGUAAGCUUGUUGCCGUAUUUGCACAGCCCUACCAUCGCAUCUUUAUGUAUCAAACACAAAAAGAACAUGGUAACUGCAACUUAUGUGCUGCCUGCUAUGAAAGAACUUCACGAAAGGGCGAAGGAAGCUGGAAUAACCAUCUUUCAAGAAAAUGGACUAGAUCCAGGAAUAGACCAUUUACUGGCCAUGGAUUGCAUCGAUUCGAUUAAGGAAGAAGGUGGCAAGGUUGAAUCCUUUAUUUCCUACUGCGGCGGCCUGCCAGCCCCUGAGCACUCUGACAAUCCACUACGAUACAAAUUCAGCUGGAGCCCAAACGAUACACUUUUGACGCUGCUUAAUGGCGCAAGGUUUUUAAAGAAUGGACAGCUAAUGGAAAUCGAGCCUGGAAUGUUGCUGGAGAAUGUAUCACCCCUGGAUAUUUUCCCAGGAUUUCAUCUGGAGGGAUACCCAAAUAGGGAUUCUACCAAAUACGUACAGUCUUUCAACAUCCCUGAAGUCAAGACAAUGUUACGAAGCGCAAUACGAUACCAUGGUUACGCAGCAGUGUGUCGUGGAAUUUUGUCGCUUGGUCUUUUGAAAAAGGACCCUUAUCCGGCAAAUAUGGUUGGAAAAACCUCGUCUUGGAAAGAUCUUAUGAACCUCCAAUUUGGAAGAUUCACUUUAUCAGAGAAAGAGCUUGAAAUACUCGUAAGAGGCAGAUUGCAAAACGACGAAAUUGCUUUUCAAGGUGUAAAAGGACUUGGCCUACUUUCAGAAGAAUCAGUUCAGAUAGGACAAACGCCAUUUGAUACACUAUCAACGCAUUUAUCUCGUAUUCUGGAAUACAGUAAAGGUGAACGGGAUAUCGUCUUGCUUCGCCUUCAAAUUAGAGAGUUUAAGAACAACGGGAAAAGGGUGCAGCAUGACAUAAGUCUGGUCGAAUACGGUGACCCGAAUGGCUUUUCUGCAAUGGCUAGGACUACCGGCAUACCAACUGCGAUUGCUGCGGAUAUGGUCUUAAAUGGUGAGAUCUUGCAGACUGGAAACGUCACACCUUUUGCAAAAGGAAUAUACAAGCCAAUGUUAAAAAGAAUUCAGGCAGAAGACAUUUGUUGGACUCACAAAACAACAGAGUUGUGAACUGUGGUAAUGGAAGUUUU